CAGAUGACCUGCCAGUCAGAAGUGUUGCAUGGUCCUUCCUGCUGCCGGCUUCAGUACCUGCUUUGUAGUGUAACUGGCUACAGGAGUUUUGUAUGCCGUGCUGCGGGGAACUGAGCAGAGAACUUGGGCGACCUGGGAAACCACGAUAUGGUGAACAGGGGACUUAUGUCCCCAGAUGGGGAGGAGCAGAUGAAUGCAGUGACCUAUGAUGAUGUAUAUAUUGACUUCACUUGGGAAGAGUGGACUUUAAUGGAUCCUUCUCAGAAGAAACUCUAUGAGGAUGUGAUGCUAGAGACCUACAGGAACCUUACUACUAUAGGAUACAGGUGGGAAGACCAUCAUGUUGAAGAAUGUUAUCAAAAUUCUAGAAGAUAUGAAAGGAAUGAAAAACGUCAAAAUGGAGAGAAACCUUCAGUAAAUGCUCAGUGUGUAAAAGCCUUCACAUAUGACACCUAUCUUCAAAGACAUGAAACAACUCAUACUGGAGAGAAACCCUAUGAAUGUAAUCAGUGUGAUAAAGUCUUUGCACACUGCAGUCAUCUGCAAAUGCAUGAAAGGGGACAUACUGGAGAGAAACCCCAUGUAUGUAAUCAGAGUGGUAAAGCCUUCACAGCUCUCACUACUCUUCAAAUACAUAAAAGAUCCCAUACUGGAGAAAAACUCUAUGAAUGUAAUCAUUGUGGUAAAGCCUUUACAAAAUGUGGUCACCUGAAAAGUCAUGAAAGGACACACACUGGAGAGAAGCCCUAUGAAUGUAAUCAGUGUGGUAAAUCCUUUUCACAGCGCAGUAAUCUGCAACGGCAUGAAGCAACACACACUGGAAAAAAGCCCUAUAAAUGCAAUCAGUGUGGUAAAGCCUUUGCACAUCGCAGUAGUCUGCAAAUUCAUGAAGGGACACAUGCUGAAGAGAAAUCCCAUGUAUGUAAUCAGUGUGGUAAAGCCUUUGCAGAUCACAUUACUCUUCGAAGGCAUAAAAUAACUCAUACUGGAGAGAAACCCCAUGAAUGUAAUAACUGCGGUAAAGCCUUUGCAAAACGUGGUCACCUGCAAAGGCAUGAAAGGACGCAUACUGGAGAGAAACCCUAUGAAUGUAAUCAGUGUGGUAAAGCCUUUGCACGUGCUAGUCAUCUGCAAAUCCAUGGAAGAACACAUACUGGGGAGAAACCCUAUGAAUGUAAUCAGUGUGGUAAAGCCUUUGCACGUGCUAGUCAUCUGCAAAUCCAUGGAAGAACACAUACUGGGGAGAAACCCUAUGAAUGUAAUCAGUGUGGUAAAGCCUUUGCACAACUCAGUCACCUGCAAAUACAUAAAAUAUCCCAUACUGGAGAGAAACCGUAUGAAUGUAAUCAUUGUGGUAAAGCCUUUGCAAAACGUUGUCACCUGCAAAGUCAUGAAAGGACACAUACUGGAGAGAAACCCUAUGAAUGCAAUCAGUGUGGUAAAUCCUUUCCACACCGUAGUAAUCUGCAAAGUCAUGAAAGAACACAUACUGGAGAGAAACCCUUUGAAUGUAAUCAGUGUGGUAAAGUCUUUCCACACCGCAGUAAUCUGCAAAGGCAUGAAACAACACACACUGGAGAAAAACCCUUUGAAUGUAAUCAGUGUGGUAAAGCUUUUGCACAACGCAGUCAUCUGCAAAUGCAUGAAAGGACACAUACUGGGGAGAAACCCUAUGAAUGUAAUCAGUGUGGUAAAGCCUUUGCACAACGCAGUAGUCUGCAAAUGCAUGAAGAGACACAUGCUGAAGAGAAGCCCUAUGCAUGUAAUCAAUGUGGUAAAGCAUUUGCAGAUCUCCGUACUCUUCGAAGGCAUAAAAUAAUCCAUACUGGAAAGAGACGAUAUAAAUGUAAUCAUUGUGGUAAAGCCUUUGCAAAACGUGGUCACAUGCAAAGGCAUGAAAGGAUACACACUGGAGAGAAACCCUAUCAAUGUAAUAAGUGUGGUAAAACCUUUGCCAACACUGUCAUCUGCAAAGGCAUGAAAAAACACACUGGAGAGAAACCCAAUGAAUGUAAUCAGUGUGGUGAUGCCUUUGCAAAACGUGGUCACCUGCAAAGGCAUGAAAGGACGCAUACUGGAGAAAAAUCCUAUGAAUGUAAUCAGUGUGGUAAUACCUUUGCAGAUUACAGUCCUUUUUGAACACAAAAAAACAACCCAUACUGUAGAGAAACCCUAUGAAUGUAAUUAGUGUGGUAAAGCCUUUGCACACUGCAGUCAUCUGCCAAUCAAUAAAAGAACACAUACUGGAGAGAAAUCCUAUGAAUGUAAUCAGUGUGGUAAAGCCUUUCCAUAUCAGUAUUUUUCAGUGUCAUAUAAGAACACAUAAAGGAGAGAAACACUGAAUGUAAUCACUGUGAUAAAGCCUUUGCAUGUAGUCUUCAAAAUCAUGAGAGAAUAUCAUCCUGCAGAGAAAUUAUAUCGAUGCAAUCAGUGUGGUUAUGUAUUAUACUUUAUAUAUGAGUAAAACUUUUGUGUGAAAGCAAUAAGUUAAUGCCUUUGCAUAUUACAUUAGACUUUCAGUUCUCAAAAAGAUGGUGAGGGCUCCCUAUUAUAAAGAAUUCUGUAAGAUCUUUUGCCAACACACUUACAUUCAGAUAAACAAGAGUGUUUAUUCUGUAGGAAGGAAUUUGACAGUUUCAGCAGUCUACUCAAGCAUUAUGAUGACUGUUUUUAUAAUGUAUGCACCAGCAAACUCAGGCUAAAAGAACGCAUGAAUUUAUGAGUCCCUAUAUGUAGGGUAAAAGGCAAUGAAACACACUGAUCCUGAGCAAGUGGAAGACACACACUUUGGCCCUGAAACCACAGCCAAAGAAACACACCCUGACCCUGAAACUGGAGCCAAAGAAACACAUUUUUCCCUGAAUUCAGAGCCAAUGAAAUAAACACCCUGGCUCUGAAACCAGAUUCAAGUGAUUAAAAGAACCACUGAAAGAGACUCACUUUGGCCUUGAAACCAGAAACAAAGAAACACAUUCUACACUUGACAAACUGAGCAUAAACCAAUGAAUCUCUGAGCUCAAAACCAUUCCCUGAUAAAGAAAUACAGUCAGUUUCUCAGCUUCUAUAAGGUCAGUGACUUAAAUCCAACAAAUUCCCACCCUGAAAAUCUCCUAUGAAAAACUCUGCUCAUAGGAAGCCCUGUAUUCCUCUGUAAGUAAGCUGUUAGUUGCCUCAAUACCUGUGUUAUAGGAAUGAUUGCUUACAAGACAAAAACUUUCAUGAGUGAAAAUUUGUUUGUUUAAAGAGUCAUUUUAAUUUUAAUUAUGUGAUGUAAGUGUGUGUUUGUGUGGGUAUGUGAAUGUACAUGCAGGUUCCUGAGAAUGUUAGAACCUUAGAUCUUCUGGUAGUAGGGAUUAUAGGAAGUUAUCAAGAGUCAGACCUUGGUCCUGGGAAUGAACAUAUCUUAACUGCCUAUCCAUGUCUCUCGAACUGUAAAUAUUUUAAAGAUAUUCAUAUGAUUUUGAAGUCAGGAAAUAGAGACAAAUUCAUACAAGAGAAAAACCCUUUUAUGCACAGGGUUUGGUGAAGACUUUAGACAUCACAGUUGUUUCCAGCUUCAAGAAAAAAAUCUUGUUCCAUUUCUUUUUCAUGGUAGCCUUGAAGGAAGUAAAUUAAAGUAAGUGUGCCUGAGAAAGUGUGGUGGGUUGUUGUUCCUGGUUUGUUUUUCAUAUUUUUAGAAAUUCCCUUGAGAUUUUGUUUGUUAUUCAGCCUGGCUUGGAUUUUAGUAAUGAUAAGGAAUACAUUUGGACUCAAUCAUCCUCAUGUGUCUGCCUCUUCAGUUCAAGUCCAAGGAUAGAUGAUAUACUGUACCCAAUGUGUGCUGUUUUGUCAACACAAUUUAAAAAUGUUAAAAUUCUUAAUUUAAGAAACAUUAAAUACCUCAUGUGUAUAUUUAAA